AUACGUAAAUCUUUAGUUUUAUUUAGGUCCUAGACUCUCGCGUUUGCUCACUCCCUAACAAAACGAACGGCGACUUACUUUUUUCGCGGUGAUUCUUUGCCUAGAAUCUAUACCCAAUGCCCUGAUCAUGUUACUCGCUAUAGUUUUGAUAAUUUUAAGGCUUGACGAGGUUUAGUCAAGAGCUGGCUGGCUACUGCGGGCUAUCUACCAGGCUUACCUGUAAGCAGCGCGGCUCCUUAACUGCUUCAACGAACCGUUGCGACGGAAUGGAUGCAACCUCAACUUCAACUCUCAAUCCAGAAGACCAAAGCUGUCAUCUGUCUUCUCAAGCAGAUCCCAAACACGGCGAAAACAGUUGCAUCGACAAAGGCGCUGCUCUUGCUACCGCGGCCGCAGGGGCGUCAAAUGAUCCCAACUGCUGUCCUGGCCGCACUCGAACCCUUGCGUCUGCAACAAGCACAACUGCUGGAGCUGCCGGCGCCGUGACUCCCGGCCCCAGCACCAGUAUCCAGACAAUCUGCGCAGGACCCUUGCUGAGCCUCGCAGGGUCGGCCGCCCCAGCAGCCCCACAACAACCUGCGAGUGGUCCCAGCCUGGAACCACCAGCACCCAGUUUACUGUGCAGGUGCAACGCAAGAGACAGGCAUACAAUAGCCAAGCUAGCAGCCAGCCUUGAUGAAGACGAACUGGUGCCUCUGCCGUCAACGGCUGACAACCACCAGCCCAGUCCGGCAGGGUGUUGCGGCGCCGGCGUUGACUUGCAGGAAGGGCGAGUGCAGCCAGACAUACCGCCCAUGCCUGAGCUUCCGCGCAGCCAUGGCAUGAGCGCACAUCUGGACGACCAUGUUGGGGCCCGAGGGGCCGCUGGGGUCACAACCAGCGCGAGCAACAUAACCUUCUUGCCCAUGUUCUUGCCCAUGGCUCCUCCUCAUGCUCACAUGUAUGGGUACGGAAACUCCAGUGCGGAGGCACUACCGCCGGGCGUCGCGGAGGUUACCAGCAUGAUAACAAACAGAAAUGAAGGUGCUGGCAGAUUGCCAGCAGCUGCCAGCACCGGUGGCGUGUCCGUGCCAGCAGCACCUGUAACCCCACCGCUGCCGGCUGUGGAGCAUGAGAGGUAUCCACAGAUCGCACCCCGGCCAGUGCCAACUCCCUGCAUGUCUCCCUUCGAGGAUCUGCAGCUCUGUAGAGGCUUCAAUCUGGCAGGGGCUUUCCCCAACCUGCCCUCCAUGUCGGUGUCCGGGUGCACCAUACCCAUGCAAGGAGAGGCGCCCUGCCUACCAGUAAGCACGCCGGCGUGCACCGGUAGCGGAACCCAAGCGAGCUGCACCAAACAAUUGCCGGGUUGGCUGGCGGGGAGGGGCUGGCCCGCCCAAGAGGUGCCGGCACCUGGCAGCGGCGGCAGUAGCCGCAGCGGCAGCAGGAGAUAUAACCGCACGAUGUCGUGGGGGCUGGCGGGCCAUGCGGCGCAGCACGGGUACCAGGAUAUCGCGCCAGACGAGCUGAAGUGCCGCAGCCGCAUUGGCGGGGGCAGCUUUGGCGACGUCAUUCGCGGCGUGUGGGGCGACGCCGACGUUGCCAUCAAGUAUUUCCGGGACAUGGACGUCGGCGCCGCGCGUGUACAGCAGUUCAAGGCGGAGGUGACCAUCAUGAGCCGCCUGCGUCACCCCAACAUAGUGCUCCUCAUGGGCGCCGUGACGCGGGGCGGCCAGCUGGCCAUUGUGACGGAGUUCGUGCCGCGCGGCUCGCUGUUCCGGCUGCUGCACAGUGAGGAGGGCGCGCGGCUGGACGGGGCGCGCAGGCUGGGCAUGGCCAGGGACAUCGCCAGGGGCAUGGAGUAUCUGCACGGCCUGCGCCCGCCGGUGGUUCACCGCGACCUCAAGACGCAAAACCUGCUGGUGGACAACGACUUACGGGUCAAGGUGUGCGACUUUGGGCUGUCCAAGUACCUUGAGGGUAGCUACAUGUCCACCGGGACAUACCCCGGGACUGUGGGCUGGAUGGCGCCGGAGGUGAUGGACUGCGAACGAAGCAGGAAGCAAGUUGACGAGAAGUGCGACGUGUAUAGCUUCGGGGUCAUCAUGUAUGAGCUGGUGACGGGGAGGAGGCCAUGGGAGGGCCUAAAUAGCAUGCAGGUCAUGUUUGCGAUUGGGCACAACAAGCGGCUGGAGCUGCCUGCUGGUGUGGAGCCCCGGGUGGAGCAGCUGAUCGAGAGGUGCUGGGCAACCAACCCAGGGGACCGUCCGUCGUUUACGGAAAUCCUGGAGGCCAUGUCCAGCUGGGAGGAACUGCGGCUCGUUCCAAGCAGCGCGCGGCAGAGCGAGGCGGGGGCUGCAGCCCUGCAGGUGCUGCCGUAGGGUUGGAGGUCGAACCUCUCUACGCAUGACCGUUAGGGACUGUACGGCGUCCUUUGAUCUUGGCGCAUACUAAGUUGAGUGUAAAUGCCCAUGCCUUUUAUUUGCUUUUACUAUCGUGUGCAUGUCAUCAUAAGCAGGAAGCCUCUGCAGCACAUGGGGAGUGCCCCUUCAUGCAAUUUGUAGUAAACCGUGUCAUUGGAUGUGCGUAUGAUCUGCAACGGACUCGUAUGCAUAGGUCCGACCUGUGAUUUCGGUGCAGGGUGUUGCUUUCAGCGUGAAGUGGAAUAAAGGGUGUGAGCCAUAAGAUGGUGAUCUGUGUGUUUUCUCCUUACGACGUUGCACAGUAUACCUGUGAGAUUCCAGUUUGAGAGAUUACAGUUGUGUGGUUGCCAAAUGCAUCCAUGGGAUCCAUCCACCUGCAGCAGUCAUCGCGCAAUAAAGUCGUGCAUGCGGGUCGUAUGGCACAUGAGCUGAACAAGGCAACCUCUCUACAAGGCCACCAAGGCAUUUGGUUAGGACAACUCGCACCAUCCAUGCUUACCGGUACUUACACCCGCGGUGUAUGUCCCGUCUGGCGGCCAAACUAAUUGUGAAGUGGAGAACUGGGCACCUCCUUUGGUUUUGGCGCCUGACAGGCAACGCCAUGAGACACGUGUACGGAACACGAGCCGACAUCCGUACUCCACGACGUGUUGUGGCCUGGGGGGUAUAGGUCCCUGGUGGGAACGGCUUGCGAUGGAAUCCGUGCUUAGUGAAUUGCCUUGAUAGGCGCUUAAGGAUUAGUUAUGCGUUGAACCUUGUGUGCUCUGCUCAGAUCAGGGUAGCAGUCACUCUGUGAGGGAUCCAGGCGGCGACAUCCCAGCCCUUGGACUCCUUACCAAGCUGCCCUCACCAGAGGUCACCACCCGUGCUUGUAAGCUAGUGGUGCGUGGAUACUGGCAGCGGC